UUUGCAUUGCAUUUUCCAGCAUGCCAGGCACCGUCUUUGUGGAUCCCCUCCUUCGUGUAGCUGUGGCAGGUGGCACUCAUGGCAAUGAGAUGUCAGGUGUCUUCCUGGUAAAACACUGGCUCAAGGAUUCUUCACAGCUAGAAAGGGACACGUUCAAUGCCGUACCUCUUCUGUCGAAUCCAAAGGCAUCGGAGAAAGGAGUGCGCUAUUUUGAAAAAGACUUGAAUCGAUGCUUCACUUUGGAAAUCUUAUCUUCCCCAGACUCACCUGAUGAACCAUAUGAAGUUAUGAGAGCGAAGGAAAUCAACAGGAUGUUUGGCCCUAGAGGAAGUGCAAAUGCAUAUGACAUGGUACUGGAUCUACAUAACACCACCUCUAACAUGGGAGUUUGCCUGAUUGUCAGUGGAGUCCAAAAUGCCAUAGAGAUGCAUACCUGCCAUUAUAUACAGACUCGUCUUCCACAUUGUAAUCCAAGAAUAUACGUGUAUGCAAAGCCUGGGGGAGACCGCUAUAGCGUGGACUCUGUUGCCACAUGUGGUCUUGGGUUUGAGUUAGGUCCUCAACCGCAGGGGGUCAUCCGUGCUGAUAUACUGCAGAAGAUGAAGACACUUGUUGAAGUCACUUUGGACUUUAUUAAUCACCUCAACAAAGGAAUGGAAUUUCCCGCUUUUGAAACAGAUACAUACCAGUGUGCUGGUCAGGUAGAUUUUCCCCGAUCAUCAGAUGGGGAAAUAUCAGCAGUCGUACAUCCUUCCCUACAGGAUAAAGAUUUUUCACUGCUACACCCUGGGGACCUGCUCUUUCUGAGUCUAGAUGGACAAUCAAUACAUUACAGUGGAGAGAAGCCCCUUUACCCAGUCCUUUAUUAACGAAGCUGCUUAUUAUGAGAAGAAGAUUGCGCUUAUACUGGCUGAGAAGGUCCGGGUGUCUGUUCCUGCCCUGAGAAGACGAACACACUAAAUACCAAAGCAACAUGUCAGCUUGUUAAAGGGGUAUUUUACUUUGAAGCAAAUUCCUGGCAAGAAAUUUUUCAGUUUUGGUUGAAAUGUUUUGAGGGUUUUGGUGUCUCACUUGAGAGAUUUUUCCUUCACCUUUUGCCCUGGAGACAAAACAGGAAAUGGGAGGAAAAUCCCUUUUAGACAGUUGUCAUUGAAACAGUUAUCCUGGAUUCCAAGAUUCCCCCUCACUUCCUGUUGGCAGCUAUAACAUUUUAGAUUUAAUAUUUGAAUUGUAUACUUGCUGUCACUAGGCCAAAUAGAGAGGAUAAAACUCACCAGCAGGGGUACAGCAAAAAAAAAA